UAAACCAACGGUAUGUUAUGCGCCACACAAACUAGUGAAGAAGAAGAAGAGCAUGCGGUGGUGCGGGAAACAUGAACACGUUUUCUGGUGCAUUAUGGGCUCAUCUCUGCUUUCUGUUGCUGAGCAGCUUUUGAAAGACCUUCAGAGAACUUACUCGGAGACAAACCAGAUUCCAGAUGACCUACUAAUAGCAUUACGGUUUGUGUUUGGCCAAUGUGCUCUUCAGGCGUUGGACCUGGUGGACCAGCGCUCUGUCACAUGUGUGUCAUCACCUAGCGGCCGAAAGGCAUUUCAGACAAGCUACAACAGGUGAACCUUUCAGAAGUGAGGAC